UGCGAAUGAUCUGCUGAAUUUUUGACAGCGUUGUAAAACAAAGCCAUGAGUCAAACAUCAGUGGGUGUAGACUUCACUCUGGAGACAGUUCAGUACAAGUUUGCUACCAUCAUCGGAGAGCUAUGUGGGAAGCCAUCAGUCCUCUCACAGUUUGCAGUCUGGUUAGACCUGAGAUUGUCUGAAUACAAGUUAAAAGGAUCCAUAUCAUUAGACUGUUCUGGUCUAAAGCCAGAUCCUGAUUGGUUACAGGGACUUAAGGACUCGACCCCUCCUUGGACCACCCACCCCCUAAACUCCACAGAGAGCGAUCAACAUGUCCAGUCAAGACAGAGAAGAGAGAGACGGUGGAGUGGUCAGAUGUCUAGUCAUAGCACAGAUGUGGGAUCUUCCUCAGACAUUGUGGUCAUCAAAGAGGAAACCCAUGACCUGGAUCUGGACUUCUCUGCCGGCUCAAACCAACGCAGUAACUCGCCAUCACAAUUUCGUGGAAGAAUCGAGAGGAAAAGGAGUUUCCAUGAUAGUAACGCAUCAUUAUCUUUACCUGGCAGAAUUGAAUUGACAGGGGUUUAUAAGAAUAGGUCCGGAGCUCAGCAUCAUGGGAGAAUUGAAACAACACAGCAUUCAUUAGCAAAACUAACAGCCUCGCCUUCGAAAUCCAUCUCUCAUGAAUCUUCCAUUAUUACAUUACAGGAUGAAAUCUCUGAGACGUCUUUUCCCACUCAAGACCAGUGUGCCGAUCAGACUUUAUCUUCUAGUGUUUUGAAAACAAGUUCACAGAAUCUUGGGCCUGGCAGUGCUAUCAGCUCUUACCAAAAGGGAAGCAACUCUGCUGAUGGUUCAUCCACAGGGGCAGAGAGCACAUCGGAAGCUUGUCUGGAGGAAUCCAUAUCAGAGCCAAGUUUGGAGAAAAUCCUGAACACGCAGUCGCCAUUACCUGAUAAACAGUUAGGCGUGUCAACAGAAAAAGUGAGCACACCCUCAGCAGAAUGGAACUACAUCUCCAAUAACCCUAAUCGAUCCAUGUUGACAAAAAUUGGUUUGGGAGCCCACAAAUCGCCCAAGGCGAUGAAAAAGCGCCGAGGCAUACGAAGCGUGGAAGUGUUCUUGCAGUGCCCCCCGUUCAAUGAGACUCGUUCCUUGGAGGAUAUUCCUCCGGAUGAGUUGGACGAGUACCUUGCCAAGUACUUUACCGAGAUAAAACCAAGAGAUGGGAGAGACUAUCAUCCUCUGUCCUUGAAUGCAGUACGGUCGAACCUUGAGAGUUACCUUCAGGAGCGGGGAUACUGCUGGUCCAUUGUUAGGUCCUCCCAGUUUUGUAAAAGCCAGAGUUCCUUCCGCAGUCGGAUGCAGGACUUGAGAAGAGUCAUGCGGGCAAAGGAAGGCCAGAGUUCCUACUGCGACAAUCUGCCCUUGUCGGGAGAACAGUGGACUGAUGAAUUCUGCAGCUGACAUCAAAAUGGAAACGGGAAUUCUUACUUAAUAGUUGCAGAAGCGCAACUUCUACUCCACAACCAGAUUCUGAGUGUGCAAUACGCAGGGUCACUUUGCCAAAACUACGCAAAUCAUUUGACUGUCAGGCACAAAGCCUUCUAGGCUACUUGUAAAACAUGACGAGGUGUCAUUUACGAUCAAAGUAUAAAAAUUUGUAAACAAUUUGUAUAACAAUGACACCAAUGUUUACAGCACAAUUCCAUGGUCAGCCUCUGGACAAAGUACUUAUGCUACAAAUGCAUCCAAAUGUAGAUAACAUGCUGUAGACCAUGUAGCAAAUAAGACACAUGUAGGUCUGUUAUAAGUAUAAGUAAAGACUUACAGCACAGAGACUAAAACCAAAGCAGCGACGACAGUGAGAUGGCUGACAAAUGGUCACACGUAACAGGUGAAAUACCGCCUCUUGUCAAUUUACCUCAGUUUUAUUAUAAUACUUUACUUGUCCCUCUAGCGCCAUGGCUUAAUCAGAUUUAGAUAAGAAAAAAAAAUGUUAAUUGCAAUUUAUUAGAUUUACUCAAAUGAUAUAUCCACAUUUAACAUACAAUAACAUUAAAACACUGCAAAUGGACAAGGCCUCGGAGAUACUUAGUCCAACAGCAAAAUCCUGGUUUAUGCAGGAAUAGAACAUAAUUAAAGACUUACAGCACAGAGAGUAAAUCUUGAGUAUGAGUACAAGAGACCUCAAAGAAAUUGCAAAAAAUGUGACAUAAAUGGAGAAAGUCAUUGUUCCCAAGCAGAAAUGUUAUUUUCACUUGAACCUUGUGACGGACGGGUCACGUGUGGAGUGGUUAGAUGCGCAUGCCUUUCAAUCCCUGGGACACCAGAA